GCCAGCCUUUUUUCUCUUUCGGUGUACUUUUUGUCAUCAGUGGAAGAUGUCUGGUCGUGGCAAACAGGGCGGCAAAGCUCGUGCAAAGGCGAAGUCUCGCUCUUCCCGGGCUGGCCUGCAGUUUCCAGUGGGCCGUGUGCACCGCCUCCUCCGUAAGGGUAAUUACUCCGAGCGGGUGGGCGCUGGUGCUCCGGUGUACUUGGCGGCUGUGCUGGAAUACCUGACUGCCGAGAUCUUGGAGCUGGCUGGCAAUGCGGCCCGCGACAAUAAGAAGACACGAAUUAUCCCGCGCCACCUACAGUUGGCCAUCCGCAACGACGAGGAGCUCAACAAGCUGCUGGGCCGCGUGACCAUCGCGCAGGGCGGCGUCCUGCCCAACAUCCAGGCCGUGUUGCUGCCCAAGAAGACCGAGAGCCAUCACAAGGCCAAGGGCAAGUGAGGCCCCUAUUGGUUGUUAGUGCAACCUUACGGACACCAAAGGCUCUUUUCAGAGCCACCCACAGCCUCAUUAGAAAGUGCUGUACACUGAGCCUGUCACCAGUUACUGGCCGGGCAAGGUCUCCCGACUCUUUCCAUGCAUUCCUGUGCGGCGCCUGGGGAGCUCACGGGAGACCAACGGCUUCAUCUGCGGGUGGCCUGCGGUCAGUUGUAAGCGUUCGAGUUUCUCCUCACCACUCCGGUGUCAGACACAAGGUUUCAGUUAACGUUCUUGUUUGGAAUUUAAGGGAAUACUUUAUUCUGUAGAAAUUAGCAUAAGGUUCUGGUUGGUAGAUGCUAGUGUUACUACUGAAACUGGGUAAAUUAACAUGUUCAAAUCUUCCAAAACAUGAAGUCCAUUUGAAUUCAGAUCAUAACGCCUCGGGUUUCCAAAGGUUUCUGAAGGAAGAUUUGGGUAUUUCAAGUCUACUUGUUUAUAUAAACGUGCUGUUAUAAGGCGAUUUACAACUUUGGAGUUUGCUGGUUUCUUUUGUGGGGGUGGGGAGCCAGUAUCUAGGCUGCUUCAGCCUGCACAGUGGUAGGAUUACAGAUGACCAUGGUGUUCCUGCAGGCAUUUGGAAUUGGUUAAUCAGAUCCACUUAAGUAGCUUAACCUUGGGGAACAAAAUAAUUUGUCACGUUUUGGUUAAACUAUGUAUGAGAGUACAGCGGAGUCACACGAAGUAAAUGUUUUCAGAGACGAUUGAGACUUCCAUAGGCAGCGUGAAAAGUGUUGGAGUUCCAGGUAAAUCAACAGGAGCAUGUACGUGGGAAAGGGAGAGGAGGGGGUUAAAUGCGUUACUUUUAAAUCCUUUAAAAUGCCACAGAAUUGAGCCUCUCUUCCUUGUUAACUGCUGUACACUACUUAAAUUUUAACAAUACAGGCCAUCAAGACAAUUAUAUAAUGUUUAUUAUAUAAUUUAUAUAGACUCUAACAAACAAAACUGGAUCUGUUCAAGCCUGGGCUCCUCAGGCACUGUCUGUAACUACAAAUCUGCUUAUAAAAUUUCAAUGUCUUAAAAAGUCA